CCGCCGAAACCGGGCAGCCUGAGCGCUGACACGGGAGCAGGUUACCCGACGCUCGCUUCUCUCCCGUCGGAUGUCUCUCGGACAGAAGCGCGAGUGAGACGUCUCCAACAAAAGAUAUUCGAGUCGCUAGUUCUGGGGGGGCUCUCGGCGUCCCCCUCGACCAUGGCUUCCAACUUCAACGACAUAGUGAAACAGGGAUACGUGAGGAUACGGAGUAAGAAACUGGGGAUCUUUAGAAGAUGUUGGCUGGUAUUCAAAAAGGCGUCAAGUAAAGGACCACGGCGCUUGGAAAAGUAUCCCGAUGAGAAAGCCGCCUACUUCAGAAGUUUACACAAGAUCACUGAGCUCCAUAAUAUCAAGAACAUUAGCAGGAUGCCGAGAGACGCCAAGAAGCACGCGGUGGCCAUCAUCUUCUGUGACGACACGUCCAAGACUUUUGCAUGUGAUUCAGAGCUGGAUGCGGAGGAAUGGUGCAAGCUGCUGAGUGUGGAGUGCCUGGGCAGCCGUCUCAACGACAUCAGCCUGGGCGAACCAGACUUGCUAGCAGCGGGGGUGCAGCGCGAGCAGAACGAGCGUUUUAACGUGUAUUUAAUGCCCACUCCGAACUUGGACAUCUACGGGGAGUGCACCAUGCAGAUCACCCAUGAGAACAUCUACCUGUGGGACAUCCACAACGCACGCCUCAAACUCGUCAUGUGGCCUCUCAGCUCGCUCCGCAGAUAUGGCAGAGACUCUACAUGGUUUACGUUUGAGUCGGGAAGGAUGUGCGACACAGGCGAGGGCUUGUUCACGUUCCAGACACGAGAGGGGGAGAUGAUCUACCAGCGCGUCCACUCGGCCACUUUGGCCAUUGCCCAGCAGCAUGAGAGGAUGAUGGAGGAGAUGGAGAAAAGCUCCCAGAUGCGCUCUUCAGAGACCCUCAGCAAGUCCAUCUCUCUGCCCCGUAGCGCUUACUGGCAGCACAUCACGCGGCAGAACAGCGUGGGUGAUCUCUACAGUUACCAAGGGAGCAGCUUGUCCAUGACGUUCAUCCCUCGAGCUCAGACCUUCCCCAACUUCUUGUCCCACGAGCCCGAAAGGGAAGCGGAAAAGGAGACAGGAGAAGAAGGGAGGCAGCGCUCGCCCUCUAGUGGCCGAUCGGCCACCUGCAACAGGAGGCCGCUCCAAUGACAAACGUGGACGACUGACUGAGAACACUUGGAGCAAAGCUGGAAACACAAUAGGCUCUCGUGUACAACUCUAUGAUUAUACGGCGUCAUUCCAUUGGGUUUCAAAUAGUGUCGACCUAGUUUUGUACGUUGCGUGACAGCAAAAAUAGCGCAUUAAAGGUCCUUUUUUAGUUUAUAUUCAUUUCAGAAUAUUCGGAACAUGUUGCCAGGAAACGGAAUUACAUAUUUUGUCACGGUUGACCUUAUUAAAGCAGACAUAUCAAACUCCACUAUUUUUCCGAGAUAUGAAUGCCCAAUAUUCAUCGACACGUUUGUUUAUUAAGCGGAUUGUAGUCUGCACUGCAUCAUAUUCUGAGGCAGAGGUGGACAUGACAGAGCAUUUACAUUGUUUAAGAGUAAUAUUUGUUGCAUUAACGCAGCCUGAAAAUCCUCAUUUGAAAUGUACUUAUUAAAUUUUUUGAUAUAUCAUAAUACAAAUAAGCAAGGGCGUAGGUUUGCGUAGGGACGGUAGGGACAUAACACUACCAAAUUUUCAGGAUCCCCAAAUUGUCCCCACCAACUUUUGAGCAACUUUAAUUGCAUUAUAUUUAGUGCUGCAACGAUUAAUCGAUUAACUCGAGUAUUCGAUUACAAAAUUUUUUUUGUUGCUUCGAGUAUUCGUUUAAUUAAAGUGGCGUUUUAAUGGUUUAUUUUGAAAGUGUUUGCAAUUAGUUUUACUGAUGAGGGUGGAUACACUGCCCUCUGGUCUGCCUCUUUUCACAUGGCUGAAUCCAACUGCUCCCUGUUAAGACCAACGUAAGUUUUUGUUUGAGCUCAUGUUUUUUAAUGCAUUCUUAAUUUAGUUCAUCGGUAUAUUUAGCAGUUUUUUGUGGGAAUAUGUGUCUGAACCAUUUGUUAGGGGCAUUGUAAAAAAAAAUUUUUUUUUUUUUUUCGCAUUUUAUAGCAUUUAAGCUAGCGGACCUUUUCUAUAUAAGUUAGCCAGUUGUUCUUUUGUUGUACAUAGAUCCUCAAAAAAAAAAAAAAAGAAAUUAUACAGUUUGAGGCUCAGCUCAGGUGUUUUAAUUUUUCAUGUUCCUUACCCGAUUAUUCGAACUAAGUAGUCCAUCAAUUAAUCAACUACUAAAAUAUUCGAUAGCUGCAGCCCUAAUUAUAUUAUGGCUUCAGUUAUAUAGGUCAUUUAGAUUGUCUACUCAUAUGCUGUAAGGAUAAAAAUGACCCUACCAUUAUUAAUUAAAUUACAGUACUUUCAUUAUAUUAUGUUUAGACUUUUCACUUGCUGAAUGUGCCGGUCCAUUUUUUUCUCCCCCUCAAACGCAUGUUUGAUUGACUGAUGACUCCUCCGCCCCCUUCGAAGACGAGGGAUAUUAGGAUUUUUUUCCCACUAGCAACAGCCACUGUAAGAAAUGUAAAAAGGCGUCAAUGUUGUGAAGGUGGGGAACACACCACUAAUUUUUCUACUGAAAGUCCGACCUGCAUUAGAGUUAGCGUGACAUUAAUCUGUGUGAAUUUUUCGAGUAAACUCAUUCCAAUUCACAGCAAGUGUGAAAGUUCAUAUAAGACUACAGAUUUAUUUUGCAUGAACUAUUUACCUAUUAUUUAGUUGGGUUCAUAUUGGUGAGAAAUGUUGCCCUGAACCCAGGUUCACCCAAUCUGUUUGGUCUUUAAAAUGUCCCGUCCCCAGCAAAAAGUGUACAUGCAGGUUAUGCUGUUAUAUCGUCCCUACCAAUAUUGAAACCAAACCUAUGCCCUUGCAAAUAAGUAAACAAUGUUGAAUAUAAUUGAUUACCGUAUUUUUCGGACUCUAAGGCAUUUUUCCCCCUCGAUAGUUUGGGUGAGGGUGCGACUUAUGUUUGUAAUUAUUAACACAUUUUCAUAUCAUUGUUGCUUGUUAGCAUUUUCUUUUAGCUAUAGUUAUCUAAAUAAUACUUAAUAGCGACAGUGUAUCACAAAAGUGAGUACACGCCUCGCAUUUCUGCAGAUAUUUAUAUCUUUUCAUGGGACAACACUGAUAAAAUGACACUUUGACACAAUGAAAAGUAGUCUGUUAGUCUUAUUUUCCCCUCAAGAUAACUCAAAAUAUAGCCAUUAAUAUUAAACUCCUGGCAACAAAAGUGAGUACAUCGCAUAGAAACUACGUACAUCCCUAAAUGUCCAAAUUGAGUGCUGCUUGUCAUUUUCCCUCCAAAAUGUCAUGUGAGUCAUUACACAGGCAUGCAAACUGGUUAGGGGUGAAAAAGGUGACAAAGUAACAUGGACACACGGCAUGCGCGGAAAAGUGCAUUUCAUAGUGCAACCAGAGACAUCUCGAAUUAAACACAGUACAUAAUAAUUUAACACAUACAAGUCUAAAUCGCUCAUCCUGAAAUCAGAACAUAUAAGACGUAUUAAGUAGCAAGUUAUACCAGAUCUAAAUUAUAAAAGAUACAGUAUGUCCCAUUUGCCUUAAGUAAAGAACAGCUGUACUUCCCGUCUCUCGCUAUUGUCAGUCAUUUGUUGUCACGAGAAGAGAGUGGCGGUGAUAGGUCUAGGUCAUUGGACUAGAGCAGGGGUCCCCAAUCUUUUUGCACCACGGACUGGUGUUAUUUGGGUCUUUUUCCACGGACCGGUGUUCUGACAAAUUUUGCAACCCAUCAAAAAUUGCAACAAUGUGGUUCUGCGCAUGCGCGUAACGUUAAACAUAGCCGCAAAAUGCGCAAAUGCGGCGAUUCCAAAGUAAACGCUACACAAACUUUCUUGAAAGAAAGGAAUAUUAACUUACGUUUGAUCAUGGAAGGACUUGUAGAAAAGUUCUCCACAGAUACAUCCUGCACCUGCACACAAAAACUGCACACCGCUCUCACCAUUAACGACUUCGCCUUGUCGUUAAGCAUUAAUUAAGAAGCCCGCUUCACAAAGAUACGAUAUUGAAAAUUGCAGCAAGGUUUUCAAUGCUCUCGUAGCGAUGUCAGGAUAUUCCAGAAUGACUUUAAUCCAGAACCUCGGUAGAGUUGUUGUCUCAAAUGUACGUUUAAUAAGGUCGCUGUCAUUUGCGAUAUCUACAAGUAUAUCCUCCUGUUGCACAGACAUGCUCGAAUCACUCGGUUUAUUCACAAACGGGUCACGAAUCCACUUCUUCGCCGUUCGUGGGUCUUCGAGGUUGUAGGCUCGUCAGGUGCCCUUUUCGCCGUAAAAAUAUCUCCAAAGACGUCUGUUUUCCAGUCAUCUUCGCUCGUGUAGGGGCUAAUUAUUUCCGGGAACAAAUGUGCUGCGCCCGCGGCCUAGUAAUACGUUAUUAUCGAGGACAAGCGCACAUAGAUAUAUUAUAUACACAAACAAGAUGUACUGCUAGCAGUCCAAUCAAUGGAUUUCUAUGACGACAUUCUAAUCUAUCCCGUAGUAUUAUAUCUAGAGUAGAUAGGGAUAUUGGUGUGUUAAGCAGGGGCACAUUGUUGAUUUGGCCAGAAUGCGGCCGUUAUUAAAUAAUUAUUUCUGUGCGGCCCGGUGGCAAAUGCGCACCGGCAGAUGGGGACCCCUGGACGAGAGUGUAGUUUUGAGCAUGGACUACGGUUUUGAAGUUAAUGGUUUCACUCGCUCGUUGACAGUCACCCCCC